AUGGCGACCAUGUUUAAUAUCUGCACUGUCUGCCAAGGCUCAGCCUGCUUGGUGCGUCCUCAAUCCCCUUCAUUGAAUCUAAAAUCCAACUCUUCCGGGGCCGUGACUCUCAAAGCCAUAUCGCUGGCCGUCUCUGCCACCGCAGAACUCACUCUCUUACUGACCAUGAAACUCAAAUGGAACACAAUCAAGGGAUUCAUCAUAUCGACAUGCCUCUGGACUUCAUCCUCGAUCAUCCUCUUCACCCUCGUGGGAGUAAUCGCCCAACAACCUCCCCCGACCACACCACCCCAAACAUGGCGCUACACGCAGAACUACUACUACGGGAUCUUCGCCGCCGGUCUCCACAUCCUCAUCGCAGGCCUAUUAACACUCUACGCAGGCAGCGUUCACAACGUCCAUCUCAGCCCCAAAGACCGAACGUCCGUCGAAGACACCAGUAUCGUUCUCCGGGCACUGACGCUAGUGAUUUUUCUACUUGGUGGAGCAGCCAUCUACGUCCCCAUUGAGGGAUGGUCUCUCCCGGAUGCUCUUUAUUGGGCCGUGUAUACGAUUUUAACGGUGGGGAUUGGGAAUAUCGUCCCCAAGACUCAUCUCGGACGAAGCCUACUUUUUCCAUAUGCUACGGCUGGUAUCACAUCGCUGGGUCUGUUCGUCAGUUCGAUCGCGUCGUUUUCGGUAAACCUCUCCAAAGCCCGCCAAAUCAAAACCAACUACCACCGCCGCCGUCGCUGGCUCGUCUUCCUCUUCUCCCUAGGAGCCUGGUUCCUCCUCUGGCUCGUGAGCGCACGUAUCUUCAAAAGUUCUGAGCGAACCCAAGGCUGGACAUACUUCGACUCUUUAUAUUUCACAUUCGUCUCGCUAACGACAAUCGGGUACGGUGAUCUCUACCCGUCGAGCAAUUUCGGGAAGUCGUUUUUCGUCUUCUGGGCUCUCCUCGCUGUUCCGGUUAUGACGGCGAUGGUGGGGGUUAUGGGCCAGGUGGGAUUUCGGGCGGUGGUUUAUUUUGUAAGUGGGAUGGGGGAGAUGUGGCCUUGGGGUCGCUGUGGGCGGUGGGUACGGGGGGUUUUGAGGGAGAGGAGGCUGGAUGUCCCGGUGAGGGUGUCGUGGGGCUUAGGGGGCAUUGAUGUUCAAAGUCAGGGAAAGUAUCCAGAGGUGGAUUAUCCGGCUGCGAGUGAGCGAGCGAUUCAACAUGCGGAUCUGUCAGACUCGCAAUUGGGACCAGUCAGGCGGAUUGAAUCCGCACGGCAUAACCUUCUCCUGUGCGAAGAGAUCGAGAACCUCGUGUCUAUCCUCCGAAGCGAUAUCGGGGAAGCGGAUUUGCAUCGUGAAUGGGUUCGAGUCGUGCCAUUGCUUGUUAUCAAGGACGAAGAGCAUGAUCCUUCCGAACCUGUGCUCUCAGCGGAACGCCAUCAACAUCCGCAUGUUGAUGAGAUGAUGUUCCCCAAUCAGUCAGCAACGGAUCGAAACAAGGAAGUCUUGUGA